UCCACUCAUCUGUACUUAUCGCUUUUAAACGUGUAAAACAUGUCCAACACAACAGUCACACAGAAGAGACGCACUCUGAAAGUCGCCAAGUCAUCCAAAACACUGAAAGUGUCAUCUGGUGUAUUUCGCCCGAAUCAAAGCACCACAAAGAGCAUCAACCCUUUAUUCAGUGGGAAGAGCUUUGGUUCCACAGGUGACAGUAAAGUUGUGGAUAAGAGCUCAGCCCAAACACCAAAACACACCGCUGUGGUGUUUGACGAAAAUGGGCAGGAUGUCACUCCUCACCCAUUAUAUAAUCCAGAUCCUGGGGUUUUACAAUCUAAACAAGGAAAAGUAUUCACUGCACAUGAUACAUCUUUGACUACCAUGACAGAAUUUCCUUCGAUAGCCUUUCAGACCACUAAUGCAAGCCUUACAGGACCUUUUACAAAGUCUUUUUUCGGGAGCGUUUCAGCAUCCAGAAUAAGCCAGACAGCAGAAUCAGUGACUGAUGAAACUAAAGACUUGCUAGUGAAACAAGACUUAUCCAACAGUCUUUCAGAUAUUCAGACUCACAGAGAGGAGCCAAAGGAGCAGGUCCAAGACAAUAUUUUAGACAGUACGGUAGAUUGUUACCUGACUGAAACAGAGACCAUCUGGCUUCUGGACAUUCCUGCUGUGUCUGUGUCGGUAGAAUCAGAGGAUGCUGAGGCAGUCAAGGAAAGGAACAAUGCUUACAUAGAACUGUGCAAAAACAGACAGGGCAAUGAUAAGUAUGUGGAGCACUCAAUGCAAACAUUCAGUGAUGCACCAAAGACAAAAGAGGUCCAGUGUGAUAGCAUUACAAUGGUGGACAUAGCUGUCAUGUGCUCUGUCUGGGACAUGUACGAUUCAUUCAACAACAAUAGUGACGUCAGUGGAAACACUGUGGUGUCUUCUGAAGAACAUAAGGGGAUUGUCCCAGAAUCAUCCUCCGAGGGUCACCGUGUGCACCCUAAGAGUUCUGACCAGAGUGUGUCUGUCAUCAGCACAGUUAGCACAGUCAGUGGCUCAAGCACUCAUAUUGAAAAGAUGGCUUGUGUGCUUCCGCUGGAUGAAGAGCCAGACCUGCAGCUGAUCUUACAGUCAGACAAACUUAAGCAGGAUCUGGCCUUGAUGGAGCGAGUGGUUCUGGCUAAUAUCUUCCAGCCCAAGCUUGCAGCGUACAGACAGCUGCCAAUUAUAGAAGACCCAGACUGUGUGCGGAUGGUGAUGGAGGAGGAAAGCUGGACAGAGCAGUCCAAAAACUCUCAUUGUUCAUUUCUUGAUCGUCUCUGGGAGUUCAGUUGUGAACUCACAAUGGGGCGAAAUGUUAGCUGUAUGGUCUGGAACAAGAAAAACCCAGAUCUUCUUGCUGUGGGAUAUGGACAGGUUGAGUUCAAAAAUCCAAAUUCUGGACUUGUGUGCUGCUGGUCUUUGAAGAACCCUACGUGGCCUGAUCGAGUCUUUCAUUGUGAGAGUGGAGUCACUGCACUGGACUUCUCAGCGAGUAAUGCCAAUCAGCUGGCAGUAGGCAUGUAUGAUGGCACUAUUGCCAUCUAUAAUGUACAGACUUCAGAACAAACACCCAUCACUGACAGCAGUGACUGUGCAAACAUGCACACGAGUCCAGUGUGGCAGCUAAGAUGGAUAGAUCAUGAGGAUGGUCUGGCUGCAGAUAAAGGGGAAAUACUGGUCUCUGUGUCGUCCGAUGGAAGAAUCAGCAAAUGGAUCCACUACAAAAGCAUGGAAUGCGUAGACCUGAUGAAGCUAAAGAUGCACGACCUGCAAUGGAACCGGCAUAUAUCAUCACUGACUCCAGGAAUGUGUUUUGAUUUCCAUCCUAAUGAUUCAAAGAUCUACCUGGUUGGAACAGAGGAAGGUCAUAUUCACAAGUGCUCUUCCUCAUAUAAUGAGCAGUACUUGGAAAGUUACAAGGCCCACAAACGUCCAGUCUAUAAGGUAACAUGGUCGCCAUUCUGUCCAGACGUUUUCCUAAGUUGUUCUUCAGAUUGGACUAUUCAAUUGUGGAGGCAGGACCUCCAAAUACCCGUGAUGGGUUUCACCUCAGGCCAGAGGGUUGUGUUUGAUAUCAUGUGGUCUCCACACUGUGCUACUGUCUUUGGUGCUGUCAGCGAGGGCAAGGUGGAGAUCUGGGAUCUGAGAGUCAGUAGUUUGGACCCAACAUUUGUUAACGGGACGAGUCCAGGAGUGAAUCCAACAGCUCUGCUGUUCAGUCCAGAGACAGACUGUGUUCUGGUGGGGGACAGUGAGGGUCAGGUCACAGUGUACAAGCUGAAAAACAUCACAGCUGGUGGAGGAUCACAGGUGGAGACACUGGAGGAUAUAAUUCAGUCCACACUGUCCAGCCAACACUGACGAGCAUUAGGAAAGACUGGUAAAGGGUCAUAGAAGGCUCAGGCUGUUUGUUUUUACCUCUCCAUCAUCAUAAUCUAUAUUCUCUGGCAGACUGAGUGACUCCAUUUUACAUAACAAUGGGAUUACAGCAAACAGGCCUGUUUGAGCCUUAUUGUGCAUCCAUGGAGGAAUAAAUAUAU